AUGGAACUUGCUCCUCCACCCCUUACUUCAUCUUAUCUUCCCUCUCCUCUUUACCAUUGCAAUCUACAUUCUCUUCCUCCUCCCUCUCCUCAUUGUCAUCAUCAUCAUCAUCAUCAAAAACAACAACAACAACAACACAAUCCACAUCCUCUUUCUUCUAUUCCUUCCCCUCCAUCUUUUCUUUCUCACUCUACUUCCAUCUUCCACUCCACCCUCCUCUUCAUUCUUAUUUGUCUCUUCUCAACUUCAUUCCAUCCAACUCCAUCUUCAUCCUUUUUAUCUUCUUUCUGCUCCUCCCCACCAUCAUCGCGAUCUACAUCCUCCUCCUUUUCGUACUCAUCUGCUCCCUCCUCCUUUCAUUAG